GUAAAUGCAUCCAGAGUGAUUGAAUGGAAAAACAGAGGAGGCACCUGAUUAGCUCCUCUGUUGUAUGUGUGCUGUGGGGCAGCUGUGCUCUGUGAAGGGACAGGUUUAUUUUAGACAGGAGGCCGGACCCAUUUGGAGCGUCAGCUAUUUGUCAUGCUGGAGGAUCGCGGGGAAAAAAGGGACUUGUGUAAUCUGCCUGCAGCCGGAGACUGGGGGAAUAACACAGUCCUGGACUGGUUUCCACUCCACUCCUUCUCCACACUUCCAUAAGCAGAUCUUGCAUUUUUGUUUUCCUUUUUUUCUUGUUAAUUUGACUGUUUUUCUUGGGUUUGACGGAUACGGGACAUACUGUUCAUCUGUGGUCUGCCUUGAUGCUGUAGAAAAAGGAGCCGGAGAUGGACCAAGAUCUUUUUGGAGGGGCUCCUCGGUUCCUGACGCGACCCAAAGCGUUUUCGCUCAGCGUGGGUCGGGAUGCGACCCUCAGCUGCACUGUGGUCGGUACCCCUGUCCCUGCUGUCACGUGGGAGAAGGGUAAACUGCAUAUUUGCACGGGAGGUCGCUUCAAAACCGCGGAGGACGGGGACGUGUAUCGGCUCACGAUCUACGACCUGACGCUGGACGACAGCGGGCAGUACAUGUGCCGCGCCAAGAACACCGUGGGGGAGGCUUAUGCAGCGGUGACCCUGAAGGUCGGCCUUCCAGAACCGGUGGUGGAUCGCGCUCCGGCGUUCACCGUGAAGCCCGUCUCCUCCCGCGUGGGUUUAGGGGGUGACGUUACCUUCUUGUGCCGUGUCGCUGCUCGCCCCACUGCCAACUUUGAGUGGGAGAAGGACGGGCGUUACCUGGGUGAGACCAAUCGCAUCAAGAUCACGUCCGACAGCGAGUCCAGUUCUCUGCAGAUUCAGAGCAUCAGGAGUAUGGAUAGCGGCACCUACACCUGCCGAGCUCAGAACCCAAUCGGUCGCGCUCAGGCUGCCGCGGUUCUGGUGGUGGACCUUCAGGACACGCGGCUACUGAGCUCUGACAAGAGCACGUCCCUCCUGUCUCACCUGCAGAAGCGCAAAGAGGAGAUGUGCAAGGACAUCUCCCUUUACCGCAUGUCCGACAGCGCCGCCCUGUCCUCCUCGUCCUCAUCGCACAUCGUAGAGGAUCACGUCAACCUGCGGCUCACCACCGACCAGGAGCAGCAGGUCUCGUCUUUAACCCAUAAGCUCCUGAAGGGCGUCUUCACGAGAACCUGCAUGGUGACGGAGGGCAAGCACGCCAAGCUCAGCUGCUUCGUCACCGGCCACCCCAAACCUCAGAUCAUCUGGAGGAAGGACCGGGGGAACAUCAGCGAGGGACGCAGACACAUCAUGUAUGAAGACCAAGCCGAGAACUUCAUCCUCAAAAUCCUGUACUGCAAACAGAGCGACAACGGCCUGUACACCUGCAACGCCUCCAACAUGGCGGGGCAGACCUACAGCGCCGUGCUGGUCAUCGUUAAAGAGCCGAAGGUGCCGUUUAAGAGGAAGCUGGAGGACGUGGAGGUGAAGGAGAAGGAGACGGCCAUGUUGCAGUGCGAGGUGCCGGGGCCAACCACACAGGCCAACUGGUUCAUGGAGGAGACUCGCCUGGAACAGAAUGCAAAGUAUCGCAUGGACGAGCAGGGCACGCUCCGCCGCCUCACCAUUCACAACGUCACCACCAACGACGACGCCGUCUACAUCUGUGAAAUGAAGGAGGGGAGCCGCACUGUAGCGGAGCUCACUGUUCUCGGCAACAUCACCAAGAAGCUGCCGAGGAGGACGGUGGUGCCGGUGAGUGAUACAGUGAUCUUCUGUGUGGAGCUGGAACAUCCUGUGGAUGAUGCUUACUGGACCAGGAAUGGAGAGAAGCUGAAGGAGGACUCCAGGAUCACUAUAACUCGCACACUCAAGCAGUACAGCCUCACUAUCCGGGAGUGCACCGCAGAGGACUCGGGCGAGGUGGCCUUCAUCGCCCGAGACUGCAAGACCUCCACCCUGUUCUCUGUUACUGCACCAAGGAAACAUCCCCCAGAUCCCCCAGUCAACCCAGUGGUGCGUAACAAGACUGACUCCUCCAUUACUCUGCGCUGGUCCCGGCCGGAGAGCGAGCGUCCGGUGCCCAUCAACGGCUAUUACGUGGAGAGGAGGAAGGUGGGGGCUCAGACGUGGGUUAAAGUGAACGGCGUGGACGUGGUGACGAGCACCGAAUACACCAUCAGCACCAUCACUGAGGAGGGCAGCUACCAGUUCCGCAUUUCAGCCGUCAACGAUUUCGGUCAGAGUGCUUUUCUAGAGGUUCCUGGAACGUUUUACCUGGAGCCGACAGCAUCGCUGAAGAGUGGGCUGAUGAACAGCAGCACUUUCUCUGGUGAGGAAGCCUCCUUCAGCGUGGAGCUCUCGGCGGUGUGCUCCGGGGUUUGGACCCUGAACGGCCAAAUAAUCCACAGUGGAGCCGAAUAUCUCAUCACUCGCACCAAGACCGUCCACACACUCGUGAUCCGGGAGGUCACCACAGUCCUGGACAGAUCCCAGAUCAAAUUCGUGGGUGGAGGAUCCGAGAGUGUGUGCACUCUCAGUGUGAAGCCUGCUCCUGCUCGAUUUACCAAAAAAUACUCUGAUGAGGAGGUGUUCACGUUCAGCGCUCACUCCUCCGCUCAGCUGCACACGGAGGUGUCCGACUCCAGCAUCCAGGUCUCCUGGAUGAGGAACGGCAAAGAGCUAAGAAUAGGAAAGAAGUAUGAGAGCUCCAGCGUGGACCGUAAACGCACCCUGACCAUUCAUAACGUGACCCAGGAAGAUACGGGGGUGUAUGAGUGUGUGUGUGACGGCGAUCGGAUCUCCAUUCGUCUCGCAGUUCAAGAGGAGGCGGGUAAGUUUGUUGGGAAGCCCAAGGCCCAGCCCCAGGAGGCGUCUCCUCUGGUGGGGGACGUGGUGCUCAGCUGUGAGGUGGCGUCUCCCACAACUACUGUUGUGUGGAAGAAAGAGCAGAAAGAAGUAGUGGAGGACAGGAGGACCACCUUUGUGUCUCAGGGGACGCAGAGAAAACUGGUCAUCAAAGAAGCCAAGCAGAGCGAUGAAGGACACUAUUCAUGUGAGACGCCGGAGGACAAGAUCACGUUCCAGGUCAAAAUAAAGCAGACUCAGACCACCUUCAUCAACAAGGAGUCCUAUAAGAGAGAGGUGAAGGUGACGGCUCUGCAGGAUGCUGUUCUGAGCUGUGAGGUGGCCGACUCUAAAACUGAGGUGAAGUGGUAUAAAGAUGGUAAACAGCUGCACUCCAGUAACACAGUUAAUAUGGAGGCGAAGGGGAAGAGUCGUCAGCUGGUGCUGCACCGCGUGGAGGAGAAGGAAGCUGGAGAAUACAUCUGUGAGGUCGGCAACGAAAAACUCUCCUUCAAAGUUCAAGUAGCAGCAGCUCCAUCAGAAACUGCAGCAAAGGCAGCAGCAGCUUUCUCCAACAAGGACUCCUAUCAGAGGGAGGUGAAGGUCUCUGCUUCUCAGAAAGCUACACUGAGCUGUGAAGUGUCUGAUAUGAAGACGGAGGUGAAAUGGUAUAAAGACGGAAAGCAGCUGUCCUCCAGCAGGACUGUCCACAUGGAGACAAAGGGAAAGAGUCGUCAGCUGGUGUUGGACAGUGUGGAGAAGAAAGACGCAGGAGAAUACACCUGUGAAGCUGGAAAUGAAAAACUCACCUUUAAGAUUCUGGUUACAGAAGCUGCAGCAGCUUUCAGCAACAAGGACUCCUAUCAGAGGGAGGUGAAGGUCUCUGCUUCUCAGAAAGCUACACUGAGCUGUGAAGUGUCUGAUAUGAAGACGGAGGUGAAAUGGUAUAAAGAUGGAAAGCAGCUGUCCUCCAGCAGGACUGUCCACAUGGAGACAAAGGGAAAGAGUCGUCAGCUGGUGUUGGACAGUGUGGAGAAGAAAGACGCUGGAGAAUACACCUGUGAAGCUGGAAAUGAGAAACUCACCUUUAAGAUUCUGGUUACAGAAGCUGCAGCAGCUUUCAGCAACAAGGACUCCUAUCAGAGGGAGGUGAAGGUCUCUGCUUCUCAGAAAGCUACACUGAGCUGUGAAGUGUCUGAUAUGAAGACGGAGGUGAAAUGGUAUAAAGACGGAAAGCAGCUGUCCUCCAGCAGGACUGUCCACAUGGAGACAAAGGGAAAGAGUCGUCAGCUGGUGUUGGACAGUGUGGAGAAGAAAGACGCUGGAGAAUACACCUGUGAAGCUGGAAAUGAGAAACUCACCUUUAAGAUUCUGGUUACAGAAGCUGCAGCAGCUUUCAGCAACAAGGACUCCUAUCAGAGGGAGGUGAAGGUCUCUGCUUCUCAGAAAGCUACACUGAGCUGUGAAGUGUCUGAUAUGAAGACGGAGGUGAAAUGGUAUAAAGAUGGAAAGCAGCUGUCCUCCAGCAGGACUGUCCACAUGGAGACAAAGGGAAUGAGUCGUCAGCUGGUGUUGGACAGUGUGGAGAAGAAAGACGCUGGAGAAUACACCUGUGAAGCUGGAAAUGAGAAACUCACCUUUAAGAUUCUGGUUACAGAAGCUGCAGCAGCUUUCAGCAACAAGGACUCCUAUCAGAGGGAGGUGAAGGUCUCUGCUUCUCAGAAAGCUACACUGAGCUGUGAAGUGUCUGAUAUGAAGACGGAGGUGAAAUGGUAUAAAGACGGAAAGCAGCUGUCCUCCAGCAGGACUGUCCACAUGGAGACAAAGGGAAAGAGUCGUCAGCUGGUGUUGGACAGUGUGGAGAAGAAAGACGCAGGAGAAUACACCUGUGAAGCUGGAAAUGAGAAACUCACCUUUAAGAUUCUGGUUACAGAAGCUGCAGCAGCUUUCAGCAACAAGGACUCCUAUCAGAGGGAGGUGAAGGUCUCUGCUUCUCAGAAAGCUACACUGAGCUGUGAAGUGUCUGAUAUGAAGACGGAGGUGAAAUGGUAUAAAGACGGAAAGCAGCUGUCCUCCAGCAGGACUGUCCACAUGGAGACAAAGGGAAAGAGUCGUCAGCUGGUGUUGGACAGUGUGGAGAAGAAAGACGCUGGAGAAUACACCUGUGAAGCUGGAAAUGAAAAACUCACCUUUAAGAUUCUGGUUACAGAAGCUGCAGCAGCUUUCAGCAACAAGGACUCCUAUCAGAGGGAGGUGAAGGUCUCUGCUUCUCAGAAAGCUACACUGAGCUGUGAAGUGUCUGAUAUGAAGACGGAGGUGAAAUGGUAUAAAGACGGAAAGCAGCUGUCCUCCAGCAGGACUGUCCACAUGGAGACAAAGGGAAAGAGUCGUCAGCUGGUGUUGGACAGUGUGGAGAAGAAAGACGCUGGAGAAUACACCUGUGAAGCUGGAAAUGAGAAACUCACCUUUAAGAUUCUGGUUACAGAAGCUGCAGCAGCUUUCAGCAACAAGGACUCCUAUCAGAGGGAGGUGAAGGUCUCUGCUUCUCAGAAAGCUACACUGAGCUGUGAAGUGUCUGAUAUGAAGACGGAGGUGAAAUGGUAUAAAGACGGAAAGCAGCUGUCCUCCAGCAGGACUGUCCACAUGGAGACAAAGGGAAUGAGUCGUCAGCUGGUGUUGGACAGUGUGGAGAAGAAAGACGCUGGAGAAUACACCUGUGAAGCUGGAAAUGAGAAACUCACCUUUAAGAUUCUGGUUACAGAAGCUGCAGCAGCUUUCAGCAACAAGGACUCCUAUCAGAGGGAGGUGAAGGUCUCUUCUUCUCAGAAAGCUACACUGAGCUGUGAAGUGUCUGAUAUGAAGACAGAGGUGAAAUGGUAUAAAGAUGGAAAGCAGCUGUCCUCCAGCAGGACUGUCCACAUGGAGACAAAGGGAAAGAGUCGUCAGCUGGUGUUGGACAGUGUGGAGAAGAAAGACGCUGGAGAAUACACCUGUGAAGCUGGAAAUGAAAAACUCACCUUUAAGAUUCUGGUUACAGAAGCUGCAGCAGCUUUCAGCAACAAGGACUCCUAUCAGAGGGAGGUGAAGGUCUCUGCUUCUCAGAAAGCUACACUGAGCUGUGAAGUGUCUGAUAUGAAGACGGAGGUGAAAUGGUAUAAAGACGGAAAGCAGUUGUCCUCCAGCAGGACUGUCCACAUGGAGACAAAGGGAAAGAGUCGUCAGCUGGUGUUGGACAGUGUGGAGAAGAAAGACGCAGGAGAAUACACCUGUGAAGCUGGAAAUGAAAAACUCACCUUUAAGAUUCUGGUUACAGAAGCUGCAGCAGCUUUCAGCAACAAGGACUCCUAUCAGAGGGAGGUGAAGGUCUCUGCUUCUCAGAAAGCUACACUGAGCUGUGAAGUGUCUGAUAUGAAGACGGAGGUGAAAUGGUAUAAAGACGGAAAGCAGCUGUCCUCCAGCAGGACUGUCCACAUGGAGACAAAGGGAAAGAGUCGUCAGCUGGUGUUGGACAGUGUGGAGAAGAAAGACGCUGGAGAAUACACCUGUGAAGCUGGAAAUGAGAAACUCACCUUUAAGAUUGUAUUGGCAGAGGAACCCCUGAAGUUCGUGUCCGGGCUGCAGUCGGUGUCUGUAGCCCUGGAGGGAACUUUGACCCUGUCCUGCCAGUUAAACAGAGCUGCAGGAGAUGUCUUAUGGAAACACGAUGGAAAGGAAGUUAAAUCAGGAGGCAGGUUUGCUGUUGCUGUUGAUGGAACACAGCGCUCGCUCACAGUGUCUCCUGUAGCCAAAGAGGAUGAAGGAGAGUACAGCUGUGAGAGCAGAGACGACAAGACCACGGCCAAGAUCACCACUAAAGCACCACGCCUGGUGAAGUUCACGUCCAAGCUGAGUAACGUCGUUGCAAGCGAAGGGAAGGAUGCCAUAUUUAAAUGCUCUAUAACCCCUGCGGACGUGAGCGUGCGCUGGCUGUGUAAAGGCGUGGCCGUCACUCCCGGGUCCAAGUAUAAAAUCGCUCACGGAGGAAGCAGUCAUUCCCUCACUAUAACUGCAGUCACACCGGAGGACGCGGGAGAGAUCAGCGCAGACGCUGAGGGAAACACGUCUAAAGCCCUGCUGCAAGUUCAGCAGCUCCCAGUAACUUUCCAGAAGAAGCUGGAGAAUGUGACGGUUGUGGAGGGGGACACGGUGCAACUGGAGGUGGAGCUGAGCCGAGCGUCCGGUGAGGUGCGGUGGAUGAGGAACGGGGUGGUGCUGCAGCCUGGAGGAAACCUGAAGAUCGAGAUCGAUGGAGCCAAACAAAAACUGAUCCACAAGAGCGUGACCUGCGCUGAGCGAGGCGUGUACUCCUGCGAGACCCUGGAUGACAAGACGCAGGCCAAAGUCACCAUAGAAAUGAAGAAGAUUCAGGUGGUUAAGGGCUUAAAAGAGAUGAAAGUGCAAGAACAAGAGACAGUAACUAUGGAGGUGGAGCUUAACCAGCCUAAUGUUGAAGGAUCCUGGAGCAAAGACGGCCAGAAACUGAGAGCAGGUCCCAAAAUCCUCAUCACUGCUCUGGGAAAUAAACACUCGUUAACCCUGUCUCUGCUAAAGAUGGAGGAUAGUGGCACCAUCACUUUCCAAACGGAGGACGUCCAUACCUCCGGAAAACUCACUGUGACAGAACCUGCUGCAAAGAUCCUCAAACCUCUGGCAGAUAUUAAAGUCCCUGAAAAGGAAAAAGUCACAUUUGAGUGUGAGGUUUCCCGAGCAAACGCCGACGUGAAGUGGUUUAAGGAUGAAGAGGAGCUGAAACCAGGGAAGAAGUACGGGCUGCAUUCUCAGGGUCGUAAACGCAGCCUCGUCAUACAGAAAUGUUCUUAUGAAGACCAAGGCGUUUACAUCCUGAAAACAGCCGAUGACAACACAUCAGCAAAACUGACUGUUCAUGCGAGAGAGAUUAAGAUCGUAAAGAAGCUGCAGGACUUGGAGGUGACGGAGAAAGAGAGCGCAUCAUUUGUCUCUGAAGUGUCUCAUGAUGAGGUGGAGGGACAGUGGUAUAAGGGUGAUGCCAAACUCAAAGCUGGGGACAAUAUUAAAAUCAGACAAGAAGGAAGAACAUUCGUUCUACUCUUCAAAUCUGUGAAGGCUGAAGAUGCAGGUGAAAUCAAGUUCGUGGCUGAGUCUGCUUCGUCCAGCGCUAAACUGAGGGUGAAAGAGCUGCCUGUGAGGUUUGUGAAGAAACUGCGAGACAAAAUUGCUAUGUACAAACACCGCGGGCACUUAGAGUGCCAGGUGUCUCGAGCCAGCGCCCAGGUCACCUGGUACAAAGAGAAGAAGGAGCUCAAACCCAGCAAGAAGCACGAAAUCUCCAGCGAGGAUAUCUACCGCAAGCUCACCAUUAACGACGUGGACUCCGGAGACGAGGCUACGUACACGUGUGACGCGAUCGAUGACAAGACCUCGUGUCGGUUGCUUGUUGAGGAGCAGGCCAUCAGCAUUGUGAAGGAGCUUAGCAAUGUGGAAGUGACUGAACCGUUCGCAGCUCACUUUGAGGUGGAGAUUAGUGUGGAAACGGUGAAGCCGGUGAAGUGGACCCUGAAUGGAGAGAGUCUGAAGGAGAGCGCCGAUAUCGAGGUGGAGAAAGAGGGGACGAUGCAUCGCCUCACGUUUAAGAAGACCAAGCCCAGCAUGUCCGGCAGUGUGCAGUUCACUGCAGGAAAAAGCAAAUCUACAGCCGAGCUCACUGUUAAAGAGCGCCCCAUCGAGGUGGUAGAGGCUCUGAAAGAUGUAACCGCUAAGGAGAAGGAAUCAGCCAAGUUAACAUGUAAACUCUCGGCUAUUCCUAAAGAAGUGCGAUGGUUUAAGGGUCAGACAGCUCUGGAGUCGUCUGGAAAAUACAUCAUAAAACAGAAUUACGCUGAAGUUCAGCUGAUCAUCCAGAAUCUGACUGCAGAAGAUGCUGGAGAGUACCGCUGUCAGGCCGGGACCUGUGAGAGCAAAGCCUCUCUCAGCGUGGAAGUGCGUAAAGUUCAGAUCACUAAACACCUGACAGACCUGGAGGUGGAUGAGGGAGCUGAUGCUGUGUUUACCUGUGAGGUGAAUUAUGCAGAUGAAGAAGCUCAGUGGUCUCUUAAUGAGAAGCCGCUCUUCAGUAAUGAGCUGAACGUUAUCCAGCAUGUGGGUACGGUUCAUUCUCUCACUCUGAGGAAUCUGGCACCUCAGGACGGAGGAAAAAUCACCUUCAGUGUUCGAGAUCAGAAGGAAUCGGUUCAGCUGAACAUCAAAGAGAAGAAAGGGAUCUUUAUGAAGCUGCUGGAUGAUGUAGUCGGAGAGGAGAAGGGAACGAUAACUCUGAAAUGCGAAGCUUCAAAACCCACAGUUUCUCCUGUUUGGCGUAAAAACACUGCAGUUCUUUCAGCGAGCAGCAAAUACGAGCUCGUCCACGAGGGGAAGAGCCUGGGGCUGAUCAUCCGGGACGUUACUCAGGCGGACGCAGGAGAGUACAGCUGUGAUCUCGGCACAGACCUCACCAAAUCUACAGUUACUGUGAGAGAUAUCAGCAUCGGCAUCACGAAGCGUCUGAAGUCGGUGGAGGCUAAAGCUGGUGAGAGUUGUGUGUUUGAGUGUAUUCUCUCUCGGGAAAGCUCAGAUCAGUGCUGCUGGAGUCUGAAAGGAGAAGAAGUUUCCUCUGGAGGACGUUUUCAGAUUAGCUGUAAAGGAAGAAAAUACACCCUGAGCAUCAGCAGAGUGACGGGGUCAGACUCCGGAGAAGUGCUGUUUAAACUCGGGGAAAUUAACUCCAGAGCGACCCUGUCUGUGGAAGGUGAAGCUCCAGUCUUCUCCAGAGAGCUGCAGGAGGUUAGCGCCGCUAACGGAGAAGAUGCUACGUUCUGCUGUGAGCUCUCUCAGCCUGGAUUAGAGGUCAGCUGGUUUAAAGACGGUAAAUCCAUCCGGAAGAGUCAGAAGUAUGAGAUCGUUACGGAGCAGAAGGUGGUGAAGCUGAUUGUCCGCAAUGUGUCCGCUAAGGAUUCUGGGGAAUACAGCUGUGAGGCUACCAGAGGGCUAACUUCAAAAGCAAAACUGGAGUUUAAAGAGCCGGAGAACCGGAUCACUCGAGAGCUGAAGGAUGUCACUGCAGAGGAAAAAGGUACUGUGAGUUUUGAGUGUGAAACAGCACAAGCAGCUGCCCGGGUCACCUGGCUGAAAGGUGUGAAGGAGAUUAAAGCAGGAAGGAAGUAUCAGAUGAGUCAGAAGGGAACAGUCCUCGUUCUCACAGUGAAGGAGCUGGAGAAGGCUGAUAGUGAUUCGUACUCCUGCGACGUGGGAACCGCCAAGAGCACCGCAAACUUAACAGUGCAGGAGCUUCCUGCCAGUUUUAAAGUACAGCUGAAGAAGCAGGAGGUGAUGGAGGGAGAAAAGCUCGUACUGCAGUGUGAGCUUUCAAAACCCGGACAGACAGUUCAGUGGAAGAAAGGAGCAGAAAGUCUGAAAUCAGGAGGCAGAUAUGAAACGAUUCAGAAGGGCAGCUCGUAUCAGCUUCAUAUAAAAGACGUAGUUCCUGAAGACAGUGCAGAAUACUCUUGUGAAUGUGGAGAGCAGAGGACCACCGCCACUGUAGUCGUGAAGGCGCUGCCGGUGAAAUUCAGGCAGGAGCUGCAGAAUCAGGAGAGCACUGAGGGCAGCAGUGUCUCUCUGAACUGUGAGCUCUCUAAAUCUGGAGGUUCUGUGGAAUGGAGGAGAGGAACUCUGCUGCUCCAGUCUGGACCAAAAUACUCCAUCAAGCAGAGCGGAUCUUCUCUGGAGCUGAAGAUCACCAACCUGAAGCCUGAAGAUGCUGGAGAGUACACCUGCCUGUGUGGAGACCAGAAGACCACGGCACACUUAAAGAUCAAUGAGCUUCCUGCCAGUUUUAAAGUACAGCUGAAGAAGCAGGAGGUGAUGGAGGGAGAAAAGCUCGUACUGCAGUGUGAGCUUUCAAAACCCGGACAGACAGUUCAGUGGAAGAAAGGAGCAGAAAGUCUGAAAUCAGGAGGCAGAUAUGAAACGAUUCAGAAGGGCAGCUCGUAUCAGCUUCAUAUAAAAGACGUAGUUCCUGAAGACAGUGCAGAAUAUUCUUGUGAAUGUGGAGAGCAGAGGACCACCGCCACUGUAGUCGUGAAGGCGCUGCCGGUGAAAUUCAGGCAGGAGCUGCAGAAUCAGGAGAGCACUGAGGGCAGCAGUGUCUCUCUGAACUGUGAGCUCUCUAAAUCUGGAGGUUCUGUGGAAUGGAGGAGAGGAACUCUGCUGCUCCAGUCUGGACCAAAAUACUCCAUCAAGCAGAGCGGAUCUUCUCUGGAGCUGAAGAUCACCAACCUGAAGCCUGAAGAUGCUGGAGAGUACACCUGCCUGUGUGGAGACCAGAAGACCACGGCACACUUAAAGAUCAAUGCUCUUCCAGCGCUCUUCAUCCAGGAGCUGAAGAACCAGAAGGCGGUGGAGGGGGAAAGUGUCACCUGGUCCUGUGAGCUUUCUAAAUCAAGCUCUGCUGUUCAGUGGCGUAAAGGGGAGGUGGAGCUCUGCUCUUGUGCCAAAUAUGAAUUUAAGCAGGAUGGGCAUCACUUCCAGCUGAUCAUUCAUAAUCUCGAGCCUGAGGACUCUGGAGAAUACACCUGUGACAGUGGAGACCGCCAGAGCACCGCACGCCUGGCAGUUCAGGCGAAGCCAGUUCUGUUCCGGACACCUUUAAUCCUGCAGGAAGUGGAGCUCGGGGAGAAUGCGGUGUUCCAGUGUGAGCUCUCUAAACCAGGAGCUCCGGUUAUCUGGAGAAAAGAGAAGAAGAUACUCCAGUCCAGCAGUAAAUAUGAGUUAAAGCAGGCUGGAGCCGCGGUGGAGCUCGUCAUCUACCGGCUACAGGAAGCAGACUGUGGAGAGUAUUCUUGUGACACUGGGCAUGAGGUGACGUCCGCCCUGCUCUCUCUGAAGGAGCCUGACGUAACGGUAGAAGCUGGACUGAAGAGCUUCAUUGUGGAUGAAGGAGAAGAUGUGAUCUUUGAGUGCGUUGUCUCUCAUGAAAAUGCCAAGAAUGUUAAGUGGAUGCUUCAGGACGUUCCUCUCCAGAACAACCAGAUGAAUGAAAUCCGAGCGGAGGGCAGAAAACACACACUUACUUUAAGAAACGUCACGCAGAAAGACUCGGGCACCGUGACGUUCCACGUGGGACCUCACACCUCCAUUGCUUGUCUCACGGUGAAAGCAGCUCCUGUGGCUUCCUUUACCAAAGAGUUGCAGAGCCAGGAGGCUACAGAGGGAGACAGCGCCACACUGAGCUGUGAAACUUCAGUCCCUGAAGCUCCAGUGAUCUGGAGGAAGGAUAAGAAAGUUCUGUCUGAUGGUGAAAAGUAUUCUCUUCAGAGGAACGGUGCAAUCCAAACACUCACUGUUCACAAGCUAUCAGUGGAAGAUGCUGGAGAAUAUAUAUGUGAACUUGGAGAGAAGCAGAGCAAAGCCAGUUUGGUGGUGAAAGAGCGAGUGAGAAUUACGAGAGAGCUUAAGGACGUAACGGUGGCGUCUGGUGAGGAUGCUGUGUUCCAGUGCGAGGUCUCCCAGACCGCAGUAUCUAACGCUGAGUGGUGGCUAGGCUCCAAUCACCUGCAGAACAAUGACUUAAAUCAGAUGAGCUGCCGAGGGAGGGAGCACAGCCUAGUUCUGAGAAUGGUGACUCCUGAUGAUUCAGGAGAUGUAGCGUUUGUGGUGGGCAGUGAGAAGAGCGUAGCCUGCCUGGUGGUUCAGGAGAAACCCAAAGUCCUGUUCUUAGAGAAACCUCUGGACAGAAUUGCCAAAGAGGGAGAGACAGUCACACUGUCCUGCAUGACCUCCGACCCCGAGGCUUCUGUCUCCUGGUACAGGAAUGAGUUGUUGAUUAAGGCAGGAGACAGACAUCUCCUCUACAAGGAUAGAGCCGUCCACCAGCUGCGUAUCCUUAGAGUGAGAGAAUCGGAUGCAGGGGUGUAUACCUGCAAAUCUGGAGACGUACAGAGCAGCGCCACUCUUACUGUAAGAGGACUGCCCGCGUUCUUCUGCAAAGAGCUACAGAACCAGGACGCUGUUGAAGGAGAUACGAUUACUUUGCGCUGUGAACUUUCUAAACCAAUCCCCAGCGUGGAAUGGCGUAAGGGAGGCAUUGUGCUGCAACACGGCAAAAAAUUCGAGCUGAAGAGAGACGGAUGUGUUCAGGAGCUCCACAUCCACGACCUGGAACCAGCGGACAGCGGCUACUACACCUGUGAUGCUGGAGACCAGUUAACAACCGCUUCAGUUUCAGUUCAAGAGGCGGAGGUGCUGAUAGUGAGUGGUAUAAAGAACACUGAUGUUUUCGCGCGAGAGCAGGCCGUGUUCUCGUGUCAGCUCUCUCGCCGGGCUAAAGGACGGGUCCAGUGGUGGCUGGAUGGAACCCGUCUGGAGAACGGCCCCUCCACUGUUAUUGGGGUGAAUGAAGAUCACGUCUAUUCUCUCACCCUAAAGAACCUCGCGCCCAACGACUCGGGAACCGUCCUGUUCAAAACCGGCAGCUUGACCUCGUCAGCCAAGCUUUUAGUGAAAGAUUCCACUGUGGAGGUGGUCAGUGCCAUGGAAGACCUCAAUGUAGCAGAGAACCAGCCGGCAGAGUUCAUCUGCCAGUUCUCCCGGCCGGUCAGAGCAGUGUGGAGGAGAAACGGGCAGCCGGUGCAGGCCGACGGCCGCAGGGUAGUAGUGGAGCAGGACUGGACUGUAGCGCGGUUGUUCAUUAGCUGUGUAACCCCACAAGACACGGGGACGUUCUCCUGUGAGGCUGAAGGAACCUAUACUGAGGCACGGCUAACGGUGCAAGCUAAACCCAUCGACAUCCUGCAGGGUCUGGAGAACGUGGAGACGAUAGAGGGAGGCGAGGCGCUUUUCGAGUGCUCGCUCUCGCGCCCCGAGACCAAAGACUGCGGCUGGCUGAUGAACGGCGCUCCUGUAAGAGAGUCGGGGAGGGUGGAGAUCGUGUGUUUUGAGAGCGGCCGGCGUCAUCUCUUACUGCUGAAGGAGUUAAAAGCAGGAGAUAACUGUACCGUAACCUUCCGCGCCGGAACUGCAUCAACCUCUGCUCUACUGUCUGUUAAAGGCUGGCAGCUGGAGGUGGUGAGAGCGUUGGAGGAUAAGACAGCCGUUGUUGGUGAACAGGUGGAGUUUACCUGUGUUCUGAACGAGCCGGUGCAGGAAAAGGAUGUGAGCUGGUACGUUAACGGUUCAGAGCUGAAGUCAGGUGACCUGUGGGCGAUGAAGGUUAAAGGAUGCACCUGCAGCCUGAUCCUGAAAAAAGCUCAGGCUCAGCCCCCUCAGGAGAUCACCUUCGCUGCUCAGGACGCCAUUUCAGUCGCCAAGCUGAUCACUAUUGCUGUGCCCGAUCCCCCGGAGGACCCGGAGGUGGUGAGUAAGGGUGCGACGUCGGUCACGCUGUCCUGGUUCACGCCGCUGAGUGACGGGGGAAGCCCGAUCCUGGGCUACAGGGUGGAAAUGCGGCAGGUGGACAGCGCGCUCUGGUUACCCUGCCACCCAGAGCCGGUGUGUAACACCGAGUUCCUGGUGGAUAACCUGAUCCCCGGGACGGGUUACAGGUUCCGGGUGGCGGCUAUUAACCGCGCCGGCAUCGGAGACCCGGUCCAGCUUCCCCAGACUGUUACAACUGAUGCUCCAGUGACGGUGAGCAGAAAGUUGAGCAGCUCUAAACUGCAGAAGGGUAAAGUGGCUCGGCUGGAGUGUGAACUUUCCACUGAGAGUAAAACUGUUACCUGGCUGAAGGACAAUCGAGAGAUCGAGAUGGGAUCAAAGUACCAGGAUGUAAGAGAGGGUAAAUCUCAGGUGCUGCUCAUUAAGGAUUUCCAGGCGGGAGAUCAGGGUGUUUAUACCUGCGUCGCUUCAGAGGAAUCCGAAACCUCCAUCAACCUGAACCUGGAAGGAGACGACGCAAAGGUUUCUCAGCUCCAGACGGAGGAAGGUGAUCAACCUAGCUUACCUGUGGAGUCCGCCUCUGAGGGGGAUUUACACGCUUUAUGGGAAUCUCUGGCCAAGAAGCGGAGAAUGAGCAGAGAGCCCACACUGGACUCAAUCUCUGAGCUUCCUGAAGAGGACGGUAAAGAUAAAGCACAAGGACAAAAGAGUAAAGAAGUGGAGAAAGAGCCGACCAAAGGUAAAGAGGAGAAACCAGAACCUCUGGCUCUUCUCACGUCUUCUGAAGACGAGUCCUCUGGAAAGGCUCCGAGUCUGGUGUCCUACCUUAAGAAGAGCAGCAAGACGACUCUGACUGUGGAGAGUCAGAGCGAGACCACAGCCACCAAUAAGCUUUACCAGCACUUCCAGAUGACUGAGCAAUCAGCACAGCAGAGCACAGAGAGGGUCGAGACCGUCCAGAGCAUCCAGAGCAUCGAGAAUAUCCAGAGCAUCGAGAGCAUCGAGAUCAGCAAGGAGGACGAACCGGAGCUGCGGGACGCAGCCAUCAAGAUCCAGGCGGCUUUUAAAGGGUACAAAGCGAGGAAAGACAUGCGUCCUGUUUUUAAAGACGUCUUCAAGGACCAGACCAGAGAACCCAAUGGAACCAUUCAUCUGGAAUGUGUCACAGAGGGGAAACCAGAUAAGGUUCGCUGGCUGAAGGACGGCGAGCCGCUGGUGGACGGGAAGCACUACCACAUUGACAUCUACAACGACGGCACCUGCUCUCUGAUCGUGACGGCGGCCACCACCAAAGACACGGGCGUGUACACGUGCGAGGUCACCAACAAGUUCGGCGUCAUCUCCCACAGCGGGAAGGUGACGGUCGGGUCUCUGCGGGAGUCGUCCGGCCGCCGGCCGCUCACCCUGGGCUACAGCGCCGACAGCGAGCCCGAGAGCUCCUCUGGCAGCGAGAUGGAUGAGUCUUUACGUCAGGCCAGCAAGAGACUGAGGAGACUCCUCCGCACCCGUCUCCCUCCCGACGUGGAGGAGGAGUCCUUCGUCAGCGCUGACGAGGGUGACCUGCAGCCCCCCGACCCCCAGUCCUACCGAGAGGACGAGCGAUACAUCUACAUCAAAUUCAACACCCGCAGCGAAGCUCAGGAGGCGUCCCAGCGCUUCCAGCAGAUGUUCACAGAGCAGGGCGUUCCUGUGGAGACCACCAUUCUCGAAGCAGGGUCAAAGGUGGAGCUGCGCAUCAUGAAAAUGGGUUUAAGUCAGGACGGGUCCCAAACGCCGACCCAGGAACGACAGCUACCUGCGUUCAUGACCGGAACUCCUGCGGCCCCGGUCUUCCUGACCCAGCUCAACAGCCAGGAGGUGCCUGACGGGUACCCGGUGAGCUUUGACUGUGUGAUCAUUGGUAAACCUCCUCCAAGCGUACGCUGGUUCAAAGACGGGAAAAUGCUGCAGGAAGAUGAUCAUUAUAUGAUUAAUGAAGACCAAGAGGGUUGCCACCAACUGAUCAUUACGGCCGUACGGCCGGUCGACAUGGGCGUGUACCGCUGCGUGGCUGAGAAUGAUAGUGGCAUCGCUUCCAGCAAGGCGGAGCUUAGAGUGGAAAUGUCUUGCAGCUCAGAUUACGACACGGCCGCUGACGCCACAGAGACAUCUUCCUACGUUAGCGCUAAAGGCUACGUAUCCAGUUCUGAACAUAGAGACACCGAGGCCUUUGAGUCAGUGGUGGAGGAUGAGCAGCUCCCUCAGGUGGUGGAUGAGCUUCAUGAUCUGUUCCUCAGUCCAGGAGCUCCAAACGCCAAGAUGAGCGUCAGGGUGAAAGGAUUUCCUGCACCAAAAGUGUACUGGUUUAAGGACGGUUCACCACUGCAGCCCUCGAAGAGGAUCUUGGUGUCGUCGGAGCGAGGCGUGUACAGUCUGGAGAUAGCUGAAGUGACUCGUGAAGACACCGGGGAGUAUUCUGCUUAUAUCAGCAACGCAGCCGGCUCCGCCUAUUCCUCCGCACGCAUGGUCAUACUCAGUCCAGGGGAAAGAAUGCCUGAUUAUGGAAAAAGAGACUCUAAAGAACCUCUGAAGCCUCCUCGGUUUUUGGAGAGGUUCUGUAACAGAACAGUGAAACAGGGAGCGAGCAUUACGUUAUCAGUCAAAGUGGAAGGAUCUCCGGCUCCCACUAUAAACUGGCUAAAGGAAGAACCCAUGAAGGAGGUUCUGUGGAUUAAAGCCGACACACCUGGAUAUAAGGUGGCGAGCUCGGGCUGUCUGCACAGUCUGAUUCUGAUGGACGUGGGGAAGGAGCACAGCGGUACCUACACCUGCAUCGCCACCAACAGUGCCGGCCAGACCCUCAACACUGCCCGGCUGGACGUGGAACAAGCAGUGCAAGAGAGGAAAAUUACACCAGAAUUGUUGGGGAUUACUAUUAGCCCACCGAAGGAGGAAGGUAAAGGAGAGACCAAUCUGCCUUACCUGGGUGGAGUAGACACUACAGAGUUCCUACAAAAACUCACCUCCCAGAUCACAGAGAUGGUGUCUGCAAAGAUAACUCAAGACAGCUUACAGAACCAUCAAGUGCUCCAGUGGAUGAAAUCAUGGCCCAAAAUAACCACAUCGUUGCGUGUGCCGGGAGUCGAUAGUGACGACGAAACCAAAACCCCAUCUCCAUCCCCCCAUCACGGCCGCUCACGCCCCCCCUCACUGAUCGUGGACUCUUCAUCAGAAUCAGACGAGGGGGAUUCACGAGGAGAGAUGUUUGAUAUUUAUGUAGCUACAGCUGACUACACCCCGAUGGGGAUGAGUAAGGACAGCAUUGCUCUGAAAGAGGGUCAGUAUGUGGAGGUUCUGGACUCGGCUCAUUCACUGAAAUGGCUUGUUCGCACUAAACCCACCAAAAACACACCAUCACGCCAAGGCUGGGUCUCUCCAGCGUAUCUCGACAAGAAACUGAAGCCUGCAGAAACAGGAGAUGCUCCAGAGACUCCAGGAGAGGAGGUUACAGAGGGGGAGUAUAAAAGAAGACUUUGCCAACUGAUCCAGGAGCUCAUCAACAGUGAGAACGAGUUCGUAAAGGAGAUGGAUUUCUUUACAUCACACCAUCUGCAGCGUAUUGAUGAAGAAAACACUCCGUCUGAAAUCCGUAAUCAUAAGGAGGCAAUCUUCCGAAACAUUGGAGACAUCAAGUCUUUUCACAGCAGCUCUCUGCUCCCCGGCCUGAAAGACUGUGAUACAGAUGAUGAUAUCGCAAUGCGUUUCCUGAAAAAUACACAAGGAUUUGAGAACUAUCUGCAGUACUUCGUGGGCCAGACUGGAGCACAGGCCGCUAUUAGUGAGAAAAAUGUUCACCACUACUUUAAGGAAUACACAGAUUCUGAACUGGCAAAUCUGGACCCCUCUGAAGGUCCGGUGCUGAGUAUCAGUAGCUAUCUUCAGAGACCGCUGGAGAGAAUCCAGAAAUACAAGGACUUCUUAAAGGAACUGAUCAGAAAUAAGGCGAGGAAUGGGCAGAACUGCUGUCUCCUGGAAGAGGCGUACACCAUGGUCUCCUCACUUCCCACCCGCUCUGAGAACACUCACCACGUCUCCCUCAUCGAGAACUACCCUGCUAACCUGGAGGCUUUAGGAGAACCAAUCAGACAGGGUCCCUUCACGGUUUGGGAAGGUGCUCCAGGAAUCAGAACAUCUUCUCGGGGUCAUCGCCGUCACGUCUUCCUCUUUAAAAACUACGUCAUCAUCUGCAAACAGAAACGAGAAACAAACACGGACACGCAAGCGUAUAUAUUCAAGAACAUGAUGAAGCUCACAAAUAUUGAUGUGAAUGAGACUGUGGAGGGAGACGAGAGGGCGUUUGAGAUCUGGCACGAGCGUGAGGACUCGGUCAGGAAGUACACUCUGCAGGCACGAACCGUAAUGAUCAAAAACUCCUGGCUCCGGGACCUCCGUAACCUCCAGCAGCGCUACAGCAUGCCGGCAUGGAGUCCUCCAGAUUUUGACGCGGUGUUGACGGACUGCACGGCAGAGUUGGGACAGACAGUUAAACUGGCCUGUAAAGUUACUGGAUCACCCAAACCUGUCGUGACCUGGUUUAAAGAUGGACGCACUGUGGAGGUGGACCCUCACCACAUCAUUAUCGAGGACCCCGAUGGCUCCUGCACUCUCAUUCUGGAUAACAUGACGGCUGAAGACUCAGGACAGUACAUGUGUUUCGCCACCAGUCCUGCAGGAAACGCCAGUACCCUCGGCAAGAUCACCGUACAGGUGCCACCGCGCUUCGUGAACAAGUUAAGAAAUGCUGCUUUUAUCCCAGGAGAGGACGCUCAGUUCACCUGCACGAUACAGAGUGCUCCCAGCCCCAAGAUAAGGUGGUUUAAGGAGGGAAAACUGCUGACAGACCAAGAGAAGUAUCAGACGUACAGUGAAUCACGCAGUGGAGUGGUAGUGCUGGUCAUUAAGAACCCUGGAGAGAGAGACCUGGGGCAUUACGAAUGCGAGCUGUCUAACUACCUGGGCAGUGCUAAGUGUGCAGCAAAUCUAGUGCUUCCCACAGUGGCAACAGCAGCAGAUCACAGAGGAGACCAGGCUAUUACUAUUGAAGUUACAGAGCAGGAGACCAGAGCGCCUAAGAAAACUAUAAUCAUAGAGGAGACCAUCACCACUGUGGUGAAGAACACGCGAAUGAAGCGCCAUAUGUCCCCUCGCCCGUCCUCUAUAGGAGCUCACCAUCGCUCUGAGACGUCCACCCCCGAGCCCCCGAGACAGAGACGCACAGUGUCCCGAAAGCCUGUCCCCACUCUCUACGUUACAGAGCCUGAGGGGGCCACGGCCAGACCCCCCAAAUGGGUGGAGGUGGAGGAGAUUAUUGAGUAUAAAGUGAAUAAAUCUCCAAAACUCCCCAGGAGACGAGGAGCUUCACCAAGCCGGAGACACCCACCACCACCACCUCCAUCUGAGAACCCAAACGCCAACAACUCCAACAACAAACUAGUGGAGGAGAAGCAGAUGCAGAUGAAGAUGUCCAUUUCCGGUGUGGUGGACUCACAGUCAGCUUUAUCUUUAAACAGUGAGGAGAACGUAGCUUUAGAGGAGAGCGACGGUGUGCUAGAACUGGAUUAUCUAGUGGAGGAAUCGGAUGGAGAAUGUGAUUAUGAUUAUAAUGAUGAUGAGCACAAGGACAAAGACAUGGAGGACAGCGAGGACAAUGAACAAGCGAUGGACUGUGGAUUCGUUCCUGAAGGAAGUAAGAUGUUCUCUCUGGAAGAUCUGGAGGAUUAUGUUCCUGAAGAAGGCGAGACGUUCGGUUGCUCCUCAGACUCGAACGUUCCUCCAGAAAAAGAAAAAGCCUGUGAAAUCUCUGUGCUGCAGAGAGAUAUAAACACGCCUACUGUUGGACAGCCUGUCCUUCUAAACGUAGGGCGUCCAAUAGUAAAUCCAAGGCAAUACCACACUGGAUUCUUCAGUCGAUUUAAAGAACAUGUUUCUAAUCUAUUUGACACGUCUGGAUCUACAUCUACAUCUGUAUCUGGAUCUAGAUCUGCAUCUGGCAGCAGUAUGGAGUCAAAAGGAGAGAAGAUCAUACCCAUCCACAUCAACAGAGCAUCAUCAACCCAGAUAUUCAGAGCUGAAUCAUCAUCCGGCGCUCAGGCGAAGCUGGACGUGCAUCCCAGCUUCUGCUCAAAGCUCCAGAGAAAAGCGUCUGGAGGUCAGCAGAGCUUUAAAACCCAAAUCUCCGCUCACACGUACGACUACGCGCCGGUCGGACAGUCGCUCACGCUCCAGAUCACCAAGAAACAGCAGCAGUGAAAAGAGAAAAUGAUUUGAAAUGUUGAAUAUUGAAAUAUUGAAUUUUAAAAAUCGCCUACCUAAAGUUUCAGACUUUGUCUUAAAGGGGAACAUGUGCAGUGUACAGUGGUGGUGUUCUUGCAUGAAUGUAAAGAAUCACGUUGAUUGAUUUUUCAAAUUAUUCAAGAAUUUUCAAGAAUAGUUAAAAAAAAAAGGGUAAUGCAAAUGAAUGCUGAUCAUUCCAGAUUGUGCUGCCAUUUUAUUAUAUUAUAAAAUAUUCUUUAAAAAAUAAAGCUGUAUUUGGGCUGAAAUUUUUAGGAAAUAUAACCAUGCAUUUGCUAAAAUGCACUAAAAUAUGUGGACAAAUAAUAAUAAUAAUAAUAAUAUAAAAAAAAACAUCAUUAGACACUGUAUAGCAAUUUUAAAAAAAUAUAUGUGCUGUGCAACAAAGACCUUAUUAUUACUCUUAUUACUGUUAAUAUAAGUAUAAUCUUUAACUGUCAGCAUUGCACAGAAAGACUCGACUCUUGUUGUCUACGAGUGAAAUCUCAUCUCAUACCAACAAAUAAGAGUAAAUGAUCUAUUUUACAUAGGAAUUUAUCAAUCUUCUGCAUGCAUGUUGUUCACGCCACUAUACUAUAAGUAUUAUAUAUACAGCUCUGCAAAAAAAAUAAGAGAGCACUUAAAAAUUAUGAGUUUCUUUGAUUUUACCAAAUUAAAAACCUCUGGAAUAUAAUCAAGAGGAAGAUGGAUGAUCACAAACCAUCAAACCACCAAGCUGAACUGCUUGAAUUUUUACACCAGGAGUAAAGCAGCAUAAAGUUAUACAAAAGCAGUGUGUAAGACUGGUGGAGGAGAACAUGAUAUGUGAUUAAAAACCAGGGUUAUUCCACCAAAUAUUGAUUUCUGAACUUUAAAUUUGGGAGAAAUGUUGUCUGUAGUUUAUAGAAUAAAACAAUAAUGUUCAUUUUACUCAAAUAUAAACCUAUAAAUAGCAAAAUCAGAGAA